CUGGUCCUUCGGUGUGAAGGCGAGUGCUGGCUCUUUGACUGUGGGGAGGGAACCCAGACGCAGCUUAUGAAAAGCCAACUUAAAGCAGGACAGUUUUCCAACGGCAGAUAUAUUGGGAGAGAGAGAUUGGCAUCAGGAGACCAGUUCCAAGGCAGUGGCAUUCACCUGAGAGCGAGAGAGAAGAUGAAGAUGUUGAAGCAGGAAGUAGGGAUAAGGAUGAAGAUGAGAGACUCAAAGAGAUACUUAUAGAGCCAACAGGAGGUGGUGACUGAGUAAAUGUCUAGUAUGUGAAGAAGUGAAGAAUUAUUACAAGUUACAGGUGAUGAUGAUCCAGACCAAGAUUGGGAGUUAGGAAAAGAGCUGUUGAAAGAAGGAACUAAUGCACUUGGGACACGUGGCCUUGAGGUGUACACAGUUCAACGCUAAUUAUAUACUGUCUUAUGUUGAAACCCUGAGGUCAGAGCAGGUAUUAUGCUUUACGUCCCUUGGAUCACACAGGGGUUCCUUUCAGGAGAACAUCCCUCCACAUGCCAGAGUGGAGGCUGUAAUAUUUAACAGUUUAGAGAGUAGGGGUUAAGGUGUCAGGAUGAUUAAAAUAGAAACAAAUAACUGUUGUGUUAAAAGGUUUGGGUGUAGGGUAAGUCUUCACUUUUUAUUUAGUACCUGUAUCAGUUAUCUAAUGCUGCAUAGCAGAUUAUAAAUUUAGUGGGUUAUUUGCAUUUAUUAUCUCAUAGUUUCUGUGGGUCAGGGAGUUCAGGCCUGGCUUAGCUGGAUUCUCUGCUUCAGGGUCUCACUAGGCUGCAAUCCAGGUCUUGGCCAGGGCUGCGGUCUCAUCAGAGUCUCCACUAGGGGAAGAAUCUCUUUUCAGUGCUCACUCAGGUUGUCGGCAGAAUCCUUGUAGUUGUAGGACUGAGGCUGCCUGCAGCAACUAGAGGCCUCCUAUAGUUCCUCAUCAUGGGGGUUUCUGCUUCAGGGUAGCUUGCUCGAUUACUGCCAGCAAGAGAGAGAGACUCCAGAGCAAGUCUGCCAGCAAGAUGGAGUCUUGGAGAAUUACUAAGAUCUUCAUCACGCAUCUUCAUGGAGACCAUUUUUUUGGACUUCCUGGCCUCCUCUGCACAAUCAGCCUGCAGAGUGGCUCCAUGGUCACCAAACAGCCGAUCGAAAUCUAUGGCCCUGCGGGGCUUCGGGACUUUAUCUGGCAAACCAUGGAACUUUCUCACACGGAGUUGGUCUUCCCUUAUGUGGUCCAUGAGCUGGUGCCUACAGCGGAUCAGUGUCCUACAGAAGAACUGAAAGAAUUUGUACACGUGGAUAAAGCAGACAACCCUCCCAAAGACGGACAAGGAAGAACUAUCCUGUUAGACUCAGAAGAAAACUCAUACCUCCUGGUUGAUGAUGAGCAGUUUGUUGUGAAAGCAUUUCGCCUCUUUCAUCGAAUACCCUCCUUUGGAUUUUCAGUUGUGGAGAAGAAACGCCCAGGUAAACUCAAUGCACAGAAACUGAAAGAUCUUGGUGUUCCGCCAGGUCCUGCCUAUGGGAAGCUGAAAAAUGGAAUUUCUGUUGUUCUGGAAAAUGGAGUUACAAUUUCUCCCCAAGAUGUCUUAAAAAAGCCUAUUGUUGGAAGAAAAAUCUGCAUUUUGGGUGACUGUUCCGGGGUUGUGGAUGAUGGAGGAGUGAAGCUGUGCUUUGAAGCAGACCUGUUGAUCCAUGAAGCAACCCUGGAUGACACCCAGAUGGACAAAGCAAAGGAACACGGCCACAGCACGCCACACAUGGCAGCAGCAUUUGCAAAGCUGUGCCAAGCAAAGAGGCUCGUUCUGACUCACUUCAGUCAGAGGUACAAACCAGUUGCCUUGGCCAGAGAAGGAGAAACAGAUGGGAUCGUAGAGCUUAAAAAGCAAGCUGAAUCAGUGUUAGAUCUCCAAGAAGUGACUCUAGCAGAAGAUUUUAUGGUGAUUGGCAUUCCAAUCAAGAAAUGAAGCCAGUGUCCCUGAAUGCAUUCUGGUGUGUCUGUGAAUAUGUUGCUGAACCAACAGUCAAGUUUGUUGUUGUCGUCAUCGUCGUUUUGGUCUAAAAUUAUUUGGGUCCUGACAAUCCUAACAAGGAUGGAGCUGCAUUGCUGAACUAACUCAGCAUUGAGAAGGGAGCAAGCUUUGUGAUAAUAGAUCACUUU